AAUCAGUUCGUAUUUAACUUUCGUCGUGAAUGCAACACAGCGUUUGUAAGCAGCGAAAGAAAAGCAGAAAGCAACAACAACAAACAUUUGAAUGUGCCGCUAACGUCGUCGCGUGUGUGCGUUGUUGUCAGUGUGUGUGUGAAUGAAACAACAACAACAACAACAACUAUAGCAAACAACAAACAACAUCAAAAAAAGUAGUGAAAAAUUCAAAAUAAAAACACAGUGUGCAAGAAAGAAAGAUAGCAAGAAAACAAAACAACAAACAACAAAUCUGCAGCAUGUGUUGCAUGUGGUGAACAAACUUCAACAUUCAACUUGCAACUGACAACUGACAACAGCUACAAAAUAAACAGUCAACAAACAACAAAUGCGUUGCAAAAACCUUGGAAAAACUACGUGGAAAACUCACAAAUUGUGAAUGACGGCGCCCAGUGUAUGUGUACAUGUAUGUGUAUGUCGUUAACAACAAAAUUCUCUACUCAAAAGUAGCGACUUGGAGCAAAAAAAAAAAACAAUCUUAAUGAUGUGUUAAAUAACAAUAAGAAAAGCUUAAACCAAUACAACAAUUGCAAUACUGAAUAAGUAAUUGAAAUCCGAAUUAUAAAAAAUGGAUAUGACAAAGGACAUCAUGGACUUUGAACAAAAACUGGACAGCGAGCAAUACGAGCCAAAUGAUUAUACCAUGGUUAAUAUAGAGAUACCAAAGCAGCCAGAGCCGCAAACAGAAAUGGCCUACGAGACGGAAAUGGCCAAAACAGAGGCCGAGAAUGAGGCAACUGUGAAUGAGGCAACUAUUACGCAACAGUUGCCGAUAGCAGGAACAGGAACAGGAGCAGGAACAGUUGCAGAAGAGGAGCUGCAGGAGCAGAAACAGCAUGUGCAUGUCAAGGAGGAGAUCACAGAUGCAGCUGAUAAACCAAAUGUCCGAGCUGUGCUCAAUGAGCAGCCGUUGACGCCACCGCCACGCCCACUGACCUCCAGUGAGGUGGUCGGACACAGUGAUCCCGUUGAUCCCGAGCUGCGCGUACAGCUAACGGCCAAGAAAUCCCGCUCGUUGCCCGUCUCCCCGCAACCUUUGGUCUCCCACAACUUGUCCGCCAUUGGACUCUUUGAAUUUGGCCAGAACAACAAGAAGAUUGUGGCAGGAGCAGCCAGAGCAGUUGGAGGAGCAGCAGCUGACUUGGAGCACAAGUCCAAGCUGGGUCACAAAUUGUUUGCUGGCCAGCGUAAAUCCUCGCCAGCUGCGGGAGACAAUCAACAGUUCUGUCUGCGCUGGAACAACUACCAAUCGAAUCUGACCAAUGUCUUCGAUGAGCUGCUGCAGAACGAAUCCUUUGUGGAUGUGACACUCGCCUGCGAGGGACACUCGAUCAAGGCACACAAAAUGGUCCUGUCCGCCUGUUCGCCCUACUUCCAGGCGCUGUUCUAUGAUAAUCCCUGCCAGCAUCCCAUCAUCAUCAUGCGGGACGUCAACUGGAGUGAUCUAAAGGCGCUUGUCGAGUUCAUGUACAAGGGUGAGAUCAAUGUGUGCCAGGAUCAGAUCAAUCCGCUGCUCAAGGUGGCCGAAACCCUCAAGAUUCGUGGCCUGGCCGAGGUGAGUUCGGGCUCGGCAGGUGGCAACGGUGGCAUUGGUGGCAUUGGUGGCACCUCGCUGCUGCCGGAGCAACGCAUGACCGUCUACGAUGAUGACGAGGACGAGGAGCUGGCGGCAGCUGCGGCCAUUCUGCGGGAUGAGGAGGACGAUGAUGAGCUGAAGCCGAAGCGCGCCAGAUUGUUGGCCAAGUUGCAGGCGGAAUCCGCCCUGGAUCUCAACCAGCGUCAGCGUAAGCGCUCCCGAGACGGCAGCUAUGCCACGCCCAGUCCACUCCCACUUCCAUUGCCGCUGCGCGCGGAGUCGCCACACCAGACACAACGCUCCGGAGUCACUGCGGUCACUGGGCAGGGACAACCACUGGCGAUGACCACUUCGACAAUUGUGCGCAAUCCAUUUGCAUCGCCCAAUCCACAAUCUCUGCAGGCACAUCUCUCCGGCAGCUCAUCCUCCGCCUCCAGCAGCUCGGGCGCCUCCACCGCCGGCACCAGCGCCAAUUCCGCCGCUUCCUGCAACAGCUCCGCAUCCGGUGGUGUCGUGUCUACCACCUCCUCCUCGGCUCCCAGCGCCUAUCGCUCCAACGCACGCAGCUGCUCCCCUCCUCCGCCCCCCUCGGCCCACAGCAACGGCUCCGCUGCGGCGCUGACCUCACCCACUGGCAACAAUGCCUCAUCUGGUGGCUCGCAGGCGCAGCUGCCACCACACAUGGCAGCCGCCGUUGCCGCUGCAGCGCAUCAUGCCUCAGCUGCCUCGGCUGCGGUGCCACCACCACCGCCAUCCGCCUCCUCGAUGCACCAUCAUGCAGCUGCCGCGGCAGCCCAACAACUGGCAGCCCAGCAUCAAUUGGCCCACUCCCAUGCAGCCAUGGCCAGCGCCUUGGCCGCCGCAGGAGUCGGUGGUGUCGGUGGUGCAGGUGGUGCUGCCCCAAGCAAUGCAGCCAGUGCGGGUGGUAAUCCCCCCAGCUCUGUGGGUGCUCAUCAUGAUGAUAUGGAAAUCAAACCGGAAAUUGCUGAGAUGAUACGUGAGGAAGAGCGGGCCAAAAUGAUUGAGACCGGCGGACAUGGCUGGAUGGGUGCUCCUGCAACAGGCACAUCUGUGGCGGCAGACAGCUACCAAUAUCAAUUGCAGUCCAUGUGGCAAAAAUGCUGGAAUACCAACCAACAGAAUCUGGUGCAACAGCUGCGCUUUCGUGAGCGUGGCCCACUCAAAUCAUGGCGCCCGGAAGCCAUGGCCGAGGCCAUAUUUAGUGUCCUAAAAGAGGGACUCUCCCUAUCCCAGGCAGCUCGCAAAUAUGACAUACCCUAUCCCACAUUCGUGCUCUAUGCGAAUCGUGUCCACAACAUGCUGGGACCCUCCCUCGACGGCGGCACCGAUCCCCGACCCAAGGCACGUGGUCGACCCCAGCGCAUUCUGCUCGGCAUGUGGCCGGAGGAGCUGAUCCGCAGCGUCAUCAAGGCUGUGGUAUUCCGUGACUAUCGCGAGAUCAAGGAGGAUAUGGGAGCGCAUCAGUAUGCCAAUGGACAAGCGCAUGGCGCUCACUUUGGAUCUGGCAACUCGGCGGCAGCCAAUGGUUACCACAGUGCGGCAGCUAAGAUGGCCGCCCAGAAUGCCGCGCUGGCUCCGCCGGACAGCAGCAACCCGCUCAGCACGAUGACAGAGACGCUGCGGCGUCAGAUACUGUCCCAGCAGCAGCCACAACAGUCGCCACAUGUGCAGUCCAUGAACAUGUACAAGUCGCCGGCGUAUUUGCAACGCUCAGAGAUUGAAGAUCAGGUGUCGGCGGCGGCGGCGGUGGCAGCGGCAAAGCAUCAGCAGAACGAAAGACGCGGCUCGGAGAAUCUGCCGGACUUGAGUGCAUUGGGACUGAUGGGAUUGCCGGGUCUGAAUGUGAUGCCCUCGCAGCAGGCGCCGCAUCAGCGCAGCUCCGGCGGCAGCGGCGGUGGCAGCGCAGGCGCUGCAAUGCAUCCCAGUGCCGCCAGCUAUGCGAGAGAGCUGUCCCGGGAGCGGGAGAGGGAGCGUGAGAUGUCCAGAGAUCGGGAGCUGAAGGAGGCGAUGCAUGCGCGACAAUAUGGCAAUCAAUCGCGUGGCUCGAACUCAUCGGCGGGCAGCAAAUCGGCGUCAGGACAUGGCGCCUCAUCCAGUCGACCAGGCGCCGCGUCGCCCUAUUCCACGCACUACAGCAAACACCAGGCCAAGGAGCAUCCCAGCUAUGCGUACAACAAGCGCUUUCUGGAGAGUCUGCCCGCUGGCAUUGACUUCGAGGCAAUUGCCAAUGGGCUGCUCCAAAAGUCGGUGAACAAGAGUCCACGCUUCGAGGACUUCUUUCCCGGCCAGGACAUGAGUGAGCUCUUUGCCAGCGCCGACGCCAACGCCGGCGCAGCAGCGGCAGCGGCGGCAGCAGCGGCUGCAUAUGCUCCAACUGGAGUGCGGGAGUCGCCGCUGAUGAAGAUCAAGCUGGAGCAGCAACAGACCACAGAGUUGCCACAUGAGGAUUGAGAGAGAGGUAGUGGAGGAGGAAGAGGAAUAGGAAGAAGAGAGGAUAAUGGUUUGGGUUGGUUCUUUUGAAGAAGCCAACGGAAACACAUUUGGACUGUUAUUUUAACCCCAACGUUUAGUGUUUAGCCUGCUAAGUGCUUAGUUCAAGUUGCUAACUGGUUUUUAUUAUGCUUAGUUUUAGUCUAGGCUUAGUUCAUAACGGUACGAGUAUUACCCCCCCACUCUACAAUCCCCUACACACACACACUCACACACACACACAUGCACUUCGGAACUUUCCUGUAAGGAUAAGAUCUCGCCUAUAUUAUUUAUUUUGAAUGCAUUUGUUUUCUUAUGCGCCUUAUUCUUUGCCAAUAUCGAAAAAAAAAA